CGGGGCCUGUCGCGGCCUAUCGGCGCGGCCCGCCGGCGCCAUGCAGCGCGAUGUGGGCAGCCUCCCCCUGGUCCCUGCGCUGCGCGCCAGGCUCAUCGCUGCCGGCUUCCAGACGGCGCAGGAGCUGCUGGAGACCGGCCCCUGCGGGCUGAGCAAAGAAAUUGGAAUCUCCAAAGAAGAGGCACUGGAAGCAUUACAGGUUGUGAGGCAGGAAUGUCACGGAGGUGCAGCUGGGACUGCUGGGGGAUCAGGUGCCACCAGAAAGUGCACAGCACUGGAACUUCUGGAAGAAGAGCAAGCCCAGGGCUUCAUCAUCACCUUUUGUUCAGCACUAGACAAUAUUCUGGGAGGUGGUGUGCAACUAACAAAAAUCACUGAGAUCUGUGGAGCACCUGGUGUUGGGAAAACACAGCUAUGUAUGCAGUUGGCAGUAGAUGUACAAAUCCCGGAAUGCUUUGGGGGUGUAGCUGGAGAAGCUGUGUUCAUUGAUACCGAAGGAAGUUUUAUGGUAGAAAGAGUAGCAGAUAUUGCAACUGCCUGCGUGCAGCAUUGCCAGCUUAUUGCUGAAGCUCAUCAAGAAGAAGAUCAUCUAAAAGCUUUGGAGAUGUUCUCUCUUGAAAGUAUCCUUUCUCACAUAUAUUACUUCCGUUGCCGUGACUACAUAGAACUGCUUGCACAGGUCUACCUCCUCCCAGACUUUCUUUCAGAGCAUUCAAAGGUCCGACUGGUGGUAGUUGAUGGCAUUGCAUUUCCUUUUCGCCAUGACUUUGAGGACCUCUCACUUCGAACAAGGCUUUUGAAUGGUCUUGCACAACAGCUGAUCAUCAUAGCAAAUGAUCAUAAAUCAGCGGUAGUUUUGACAAACCAAAUGACGACAAGGAUUGGACAAAGCCAGUCCACAUUGGUACCUGCUUUAGCCUUCCCCUGAGGAUCUUGGGCUGUGGAGUUACCUCUAUUCCUGCUGUAGCUGUGUCAGCUAAGGAGGCCACUACCUCUGCUGGAGGUCACUGCCGCAUCUUACAUGCUGGCUGAGCUGUAUAUGUGAUUGUCUCCCAAUCCAUUUCUGCCAAAAAUGAGCCAGGUAAGCUUGAGCUAUUUAAAUACUAAGUAAACCUUUGACAAAUCAAGUAAUUUAGACUGAAAUUGGCUGGUGAAUGAUCCUACAAAAAAUGCAGGGGUGGACCUGGGAGCAGUAAACUUCUAGCAGGAAUGUGGAGAUGAACAGGUUAAAGCACUAACUAAAGAACACGGCUUAAUGGUUGCACACUUCAAACUAUGCUGCAAUUUCCUAAAUUCCCUGAGAAUCAUUCACUGCCUCUCCAAAACAGUUUCAAUUGUUUAUUCUGCCAUUACGCUUGAACACCUUCCAUUAAUUAUUUGCAAAGGUGUUUCUUACUUACUGCAUAGCUGCAGCUCUCUACCCAUUGCUCCCUACAGUUAUGGUGUAGAGGGAAGUUCUAUAUGGGAUCCUCAACUACAGUCUGCCCAUAGUGAGUUCAAGUAUUCUUUACAGGCUGCUCAAUUUUGCCCUGUAAUGAGCAGAGUACCUCAUACAGACUCUUGUGCUGCGGUCACAGGGGAAAAUAGAACAGCUCUUCUGAACUAGAGAUUCUGACAAAUUAAGAAAAAGCUCAGAAUUUAAAUCUUAUUUUGGGUUGUAACUUUAUAUUAUUUUAUGAUGCAGUUAAAGGGCACAAAUUCUCUGCCCACAUACUCAAGUUUCUGUGAGCUAAGUAAUGAUUCCCUUGUUCUGGAGGAGUGGGAGAAGGGGACAGUACAGAGGCAAAGAUGGUCUCAGUGUCUGUACAGGCAUUGAAGCAUUUGGCGCAGAUGUAAGAUAAAAAGAACAAAUACAGACCCCUCCUUCAAGAAUGUAAAAAAUGUGGAAUUUUGAGCUGUGUGUGCAGAUAAAGACCCAGCUUCCAGUAUCUGACCCUUUGUCUCCUUUUUGCCUCCUGUUCUCCGAUGUAUUAUUUUUGGCAGCCUUUCUGGCUACAAACUCAAUUAAAGCUAAUAGAGUCUGUCUUUUUUCAAUAGCCAGUGUUGUUUGGGAGUUGUUGUGUUUAUUGAGUCAUAGGGAGAGUAAAGAAUGUGAAGACAUCCAGAGUAGAUUUCAGAGCGGUACAAAGCUGUUUUCGUUUCGAUGUGAAUUUAUUCCAUAGAUUUGGUGCAAAUAUUGAGCUGGUGGAUUACAAGGUGAUUUUUAUGACCCGCUCUGAAGGGAUGCUAUUUCAGCAGUUGUAAAAGCUAAAGAACCUCCUGCUUCUCCAUGGUUGAUUGUAGCCAAAGGAACUAUUGAGGGAGGGGUCAGCAGCAAAACCCCAAGUAAAAUCAGUCCUAAUUUUUCCUCUAAAUAGGUUUGGUUUUUUUUUUCACCCAUUGAUUGGUAAGCCUUAGAGACAGUCUUUUCUAAGAUUUCACAAGAGCAUUACUCUCUAAAUUUACUGAGCUUCCUAGCAGAAGGAAAGGUCCUAAUUGGGGGGAAGCACAGAUCAUAGAAUUAUAGAAUACUUUGGGUUGGAAGGGACCUUCAAGGUCAUCUAGUUCCAACCUCCCUGCCAUGGGCAGGGGAUGCAGGUACAUAUUCCCCUAGACCAGGCUGCUCAAAGCCCCAUCCAGCCUAGCCUUGAACACUUCCAGGGAUGGGGCAUCCACAGAUUCUCUAGGCAACCUGUUCCAGUGUCUCAUCACCCUCACAACAGAGAAUGUCUAUGUAAUAUUUAAUCUAAAUAUACUGUCUUUCAGUUUAAAACCAUUACACCUUGACCUAUCUUUACAUGCCCUUGUAAAAAGUCCCUCUCCAGCUUUUCAGUAAGCCCCUUUAGGUACUGGAAGGUCGCUGUAAGGUCUCCCCAGAGCCUUCUCUUUUCCAGGCUGAGCAACUGCAACUCACUCAGCCUGUCUUCAUAGGAGAGGUGCUCCAGCCCUCUGAUCAUCUUCAUGACCUCCUCUGAACUCACCCCAACAAGUCCAUGUCCUCCUUAUGGUAGGGGCCCCAGAAUUGGCUACAGUACUGCAGGGGGGUGUCUACCAAAGUGGACUAGAGAGGGGGAAUCACCUCCCUUGACCUGCUGGCCAUGCUGCAUGGAAUGCAGCCCAGGGUAUGGUUGGCUUUCUGGGCUGCAAGCGCAUUGUCAAGCCAUGUAGAGCUUUUCAUCCACCAACACCCCCCAGUCCUCCUCCCAAUCCCAACGGGUUGCUCCCAAUCCAUUCUCUGCCCAGCCUGUAUUGAUAAUGGGGGUUGCCCUGACUCAGGUGCAGGACCUUGCACUUGGCCUUGUUGAACUUCAUGAGCUUCGAUCAGGCCCAUCUCUCAAGCCUAUCAGGGUCCCCCUGGAUGGCAUCCCUUCCCUCCAGUGUGGUGACAAUGCACAGCUUGGUAUUGUCAGCAAACUUGCUGAGGGUGCGCUUGAUCCCACUGUCCAUGUCGCCAACAAAGAUGUUGAACGGCGCUGGUCCCAGUAUGGACCCCUGAGGAACACCACUCAUCACGGGUCUCCACUUGGACUUUGAGUCAUUGACCACAGUUCUUUAUCCGCAAUUGGAUAAGCCAAUUCCUUAUCCACUGAGUGGUGGGAUGUUGCAAGGUAUUACGUCAAAAGCUUUAUGAAGGGCACAGCUUUCUUUCCCACUAGUGAGUUAAGCUGGGUGUUCCUAGACAUUUCCACUGGAUAUAUUUAGAAAGAAGGUCAAAUAUUUCUGAGUUAAACUCAGUUAAACUGGCUGUAGAUGAAUAUCUCAUUUUACAGUAGCAUUUUUCUCUCAUACUCAAUAUAGUUGGGAACAUUCUAGUGUGGAAUUUGUACCCAUUGUAAAAUGUGUUUUGAUCUCUGACAUGGAACUGUAUCUGAUAGCCAAAAUCUUUAAUCUCAACUUAGAUACAGUGGAGCAAGGUCUGGCAAGAUGCCUAGAGGAUCUAGGUCUUCAUUACAGUUGAAUCGUUGUUUUUUUUCUUUUCUGUGCUACAGUGAAUACCAGAGCAUAUGGGGCAUGUGGGGCUGGUGAGCUGAUGGAGACCAGGGACUGAUGCAGAAGUUACAGGGCUGUGGGCAGGUGAAUAGGAGAGGCUUGCAGCACUUCACCAAAGUGACCGUUUUAAAAUGCAAUCCAUCUUUGGACUGCUGACUGUCUCCUGGGAUAAACAGAGGAAAACACCCAAUAAAACUUUAUAAAUUGACUGAGCUUGUGGUCAGGUGUGAACUGAAACAGUAGGACUGUUUCCCGUACAAUAGGAUAACAAUCCAAACUUUCCUCUCUCUUUCCACUAUGCACCCCUGCCCCUUGCUUUUGGUUAUGUUCUUUUGCAUUUUGCUGUCAAAAGCAGAAGACUGCUUCAGGGGCCCUUAAUACUUUAAUAAUCAUUGACUUUCUCUCAAAGCUUUUAUCCCAUAGGGAGUGAUGUUUGCUUGUAAUUAUGCCUGAGAGACAGAAUAUCGCAAUUUUGAAGUAGGAUUUAGACAUACUAGACUUCAGUAGUAUUUAGAAAAAUCUUUUCUUCAUGCUGCCCAUUUUCAAGAUUGUCUAGUACUUGUCCUGUAUUAGGUAUAUAUAAAAUCUUCCUACAGAUAUGGAAGUAUUGCAUCAAACUUCCUAUAAACCACACUGUGAAUACAGAGGUUAUUCCUUAUCUCAGUAUAUUUCAUAAACUAGUUGAGAGAUCCUUGCACAUAUGAAAAAGAUGUGAUUCAUUACUGCAAGAAAGGUAUAUAUGUCUUAAUCACGGGGAUUUUUGGAAGACUGGUCUAAUUUCAGUUCAGUUUACUGCUGCUGCUGCUGUUAGAGGAGAUAAAUAAAUGGCCUGUCAUUUUGUGUC